CAACACGCUCUUAUUCGUUCUAACGCGCUUUUUUUCAAUGAAACUUUAAUGAAACUUCAAAAUGUUUUUAAUAAACUUUUUCAAUAAAAAAAAGUCGCACUCAGUGCGCACUAGUGCAGGCUACCGAAUUCGCUGUUAGAGCGCGUUGGGGCGAGAAGGAGCAUGUUGGGGCAUGUGACGCGAACAAACCUUUGGAACUACUGGAAACAGUGGGUGUUGCUUUCGUCACUUAUCCGUCAACUUGCGUUUGUACUCGUUGAGGUAAGGAUAUCGUGCAACGUCGAAGUGGGUGGGUACGCGCACAGAGUGUCUUCUACAACUCUUUUUAAAAGUCAUGUAUUAAUUUUCUCUUAAAGAAAUAAUAAAAGAAAAUACCCUCUGUCAAGAUGAUAGGGGGUUUAUUUGUGUAUAACCACAAGGGAGAGGUACUCAUCUCCCGAGUAUAUCGCGAUGAUAUUGGCCGAAAUGCAGUGGAUGCAUUUCGUGUUAAUGUCAUCCAUGCACGACAGCAAGUACGUUCACCUGUGACCAAUAUUGCCAGAACAUCAUUUUUUCAUAUUAAGCGAGCCAAUAUUUGGUUAGCUGCUGUCACAAAGCAAAAUGUUAAUGCGGCUAUGGUAUUUGAACUACUACUAAAGAUUAUAGAUGUCAUGCAGUCUUACUUUGGCAAAAUUUCAGAGGAAAACAUCAAGAAUAAUUUUGUGCUUAUCUAUGAACUACUGGAUGAGAUUCUUGACUUUGGAUAUCCACAAAACUGUGAUACAGGAGUAUUGAAAACAUUUAUUACUCAACAAGGUGUAAAGUCAGCCAGCAAAGAAGAACAAGCUCAAAUAACAUCACAGGUCACUGGUCAGAUUGGGUGGAGACGAGAGGGUAUUAAAUAUAGACGCAAUGAACUCUUUUUAGAUGUACUGGAAUAUGUGAAUCUUUUAAUGAGUCCUCAAGGCCAAGUCCUUAGCGCUCAUGUUGCUGGAAAGGUCGUGAUGAAAUCUUAUUUGUCCGGUAUGCCCGAAUGUAAAUUCGGAAUUAACGACAAAAUCGUAAUGGAAGCUAAGGGUAUGAAAGGAAGUGGCGGACUUGGAGGAGGUGGUGACGAUCCCACUGGUGCUAGAUCCGGCAAGCCAGUUGUUGUUAUUGAUGAUUGCCAAUUUCAUCAGUGUGUUAAGCUUAGCAAAUUCGAGACCGAACAUUCCAUUAGUUUUAUACCGCCUGAUGGUGAAUUUGAGUUGAUGAGAUAUCGUACAACAAAAGAUAUAUCGUUGCCUUUCCGUGUAAUACCGUUAGUUCGUGAAGUAGGUCGAACGAAGAUGGAAGUCAAAGCGGUCCUGAAGUCCAAUUUUAAAUCUACGUUGCUAGGACAGAAGAUAGAAGUCCGCGUACCGACGCCGUUGAAUACUGCUGGCGUACAGUUGAUUUGUUUGAAGGGUAAGGCAAAAUACAAAGCGUCGGAAAACGCGAUCGUGUGGAAGAUAAAGCGUAUGGCCGGCAUGAAGGAAACACAGCUGUCAGCUGAGAUCGAUCUACUUGAGACGGACACAAAAAAGAAAUGGACAAGACCGCCGAUAUCGAUGAACUUCGAGGUGCCUUUCGCACCAUCCGGUUUUAAAGUGCGCUACUUGAAAGUAUUCGAAUCCAAACUCAAUUAUUCUGAUCACGAUGUGAUUAAAUGGGUUCGCUACAUAGGACGCAGCGGCUUGUACGAAACGCGAUGUUAAUGGCCCGAGCAAAUACGCCGUGGCGUAAAUAAAGAUACUUGUAAAGAUAAUUUUAAUCUCAAAGUGGAAACUAUGAUUAUGAAUAUCACUGAAUGUUUAUUGAGAUUAUUUCAUUGUAGCGCAUAUUCGAAGCAACAACCUGAAAUUGUUCGGUGACCAAUUUCGAGUACAACACGUAACGUAAGCCCUGUUCGAUUAUUACUAGCAGUACUGAAAAAUCUAUAGAAUACGUAACGUGAACCUAUAGACUUUCAGUACUGACCGAACAGAGCCGACAUAUAGUGAAAUUACGAACAUGUCGUUUAAAGAGAAAUCUCUGCAUUGACACAAAAUUUAUAACCACAAGAAAGUUUUUACAUCACGCUAUGUAUUAAUAAAAACAAACUUGAAUUUAGUUGUUUUUAUUGGCAAUGCUAAAUAGGAAAAAAUAUUCAGAAUGGAAAAUAGAUGUGGGUUUUUGCACGUGAAAAAACAUGUUCGACGAACAAUUAUAACAAUCGGUAUCAGACAUGCUUCUUUCGUGCCAAUGUUUUUAUUAUUCAGUUUUAUUUCUAUAAUUUAGCUGAAUUCAAAUAAACUAGUUCAUAGAAAUUAUGUCCAGAUUUUAUUAAUUUUUUUAUUAUAAAAUUGUUGCCAAAGACAAUAAUUAGAUAUAUUAUCAUGAAUUGUUUAUAUAUUUUCUCUUUAAAUGCUUCUGAGAUUUUAAAUCAUUAUUUGCUUCAUUUAUACACAUACUACAGCACAAUCAGUGAAAAUUUAUACAAAUUAUAUAAAUAAUAUUUAUAAUAUAUAGUUUUACGAUAUAUUGAUUUACUUUUAGAGUUGAUAUCCGAUGAAAAUAUGUUUGUGAAACAUAUUUGCAGAAUUACGUUAUAUGAUAAAUAUUUUUUUAAGGGUCCACAGGAAUUGUUCAAAAACGUUUAGUGGAAUUUAGAAACUUUGUUCAAGUUUUUUUAAAACUAAAGUGUGAAAGAAAAAAAAAGUUAACAUCAUUAGUCAUAAUCAAGGAAGAUCCAUUCUUUUGCAGUACAGAGCGAUUUUAUUUUGGAAAAAUGAUUGAAGUAAAAAACAUCAUUAAUUUAUAUACAUUUCUGCUGACGUAUAUUACAAUUCGUAUUUUUUAUUUAUCAAUCAUUUUUAAGAUACUUAUCGCGCGAUAGUAUUUCUUAUUCAAAAGUUUAAUUUUACGCUACACAAAAGUAUUCUCAAAAUUUGAUUCAUGUCGUACGAAUAUUUCAGACUCUAUUUUAUCGACAUGUCAUUAAUGUAGAAAUAAAUAAGUAGUUUUAUUAUGCUCAAAAUCUCUUUAAAUAAUUUUAUUUUUUGCCAAUGCGGUAAACUUUUAGUAGCGACUGUCCACGCUGUACAUAUCGAACGGCAAUUUGACACAACGUCGCGCGCGUCUAACGAAAUCUGUCAGUUUGCUCAGCUGUCAAACAAAACUAUUAAAAUAACUUUUCAAUUUCAAUACAGAUACUAAAAAAAAAACACUUAAAAACAAUAUUAAGUAUGACAGAGGCAAGAAAAUUGCAAAAAAACUGUCUAAAGAUCUAAAUACGUUGUGCGAAAGGCGACGUUGUUGCCGCUGUUACUUGUCUAACUAUGCCUUGUCAAGAAAUAUAAUCUUUCCGCGGCUUUAUUUCGACAACUAGACGGUCAAUAAUUCUAAACUUUUUUUAUAGUAUUCUUUUAAUCUACCGCAUUCUAGUUUUUUUUUAUCAAUGUCGCAAAUAUAGUUUAAUAGCUAGAGUUUUAAAUGUGCAUUUUUGAGUGGCUUUACGCAUAUAAUACAUGUAAAAAAUGUCAUUUAUAAUUGUAAUUAUCUCAACUUUGGAACGGUCAAAUACUUAGAAAUUUCACGAGCGCUUGAAAAGCCUUUUGCUUAAUAGUAGUUCAAAUUUGGAAGAGUUGACAAGAAAUCGAUUCUAACGCGAUAACUAUCUUAAAAGCCAACUUUACAAUUUGGCUCUAUAUUGCACGUUUUAUGUGAGGAAUAAAGUAAAGCAAAAUUCAUAAAGAAAUAAUGUCUCUCCGAGUCUUAGAAGACUCGAAUAAUCGUCACACGUGUAUGUGUGUGAGUGAGUGAGUGAGAGAGAGAGUGUGCGUGCGUGUGUGUGUGCACACGAAAUACAACUGAGUAAAGUAAGCGAGUAAACAAGACUAUUAUGAGAUCUUUCUUUUUUGUGUAUCAACUCGAAGUUUGCUCAUUACUCCUGUCGACCCUUAAUGUAUUAUUAUGAUGAAUUUCUGUAUGUCGACAUGUAACACGAAUUGAAGUAGUCAUUCCUUAUGUAACUCUUGCAUGUGUAACACAGAGUUACAUAUUGUGGCCUCUUGAAUAUCUAGAGUUCGAGCGAACAAAUCUAUAUAUUACGGAUCAUUCGUACAAGAUUCUGAAAUGAGAUGCAUUCAAUAAAAAUGUAGAACACUAUAGGAUACUAUCUGUAUUUGUGCAUGGGAGUAAGAAUGGGAAGAAAUACUAAUCGAUAUACGAGCGUAAUUAAUUCUGUCUCUCUAUAUUGUGAAACGCUCUCACACAUAAUAAAAUAUACGUGUAAAGCAAAACUA